UAAUGAUCAAGGAAUAUGACUAUUUGUUUAAGUUGGUGAUAGUGGGGAAUUCAGGAGUCGGGAAGUCUUCAUUGUUACUACGUUUUUCUGAUGAUACAUUCAGCGAUUCCUAUCUGACUACUAUCGGAGUGGACUUCAGAUUCAAGACAUUGGAAAUUGAUGGAAAGAAGGUCAAGCUUCAAAUUUGGGACACAGCUGGACAGGAGAGAUUCCGAACAAUAACCAGUGCAUAUUAUAAGGUAUUGGGAUGAAUUAGAAUGCAGGGAGCUGAUGGAAUUGUAAUGGUCUAUGAUGUUGCAUCCACAGGGUCAUUUGAAGACAUUGAUAAGUUCUGGAUCAACGAGGUAGAGUCUUAUGCUGAGAAGAAUGUCGAGCUGCUAUUGCUGGGAAACAAGAGUGAUGUCGAGGAUAAAGCGUAAGAUUAUGAUAUUCCUAUGAAAGUGUAACAACGUAAAAGGCUUUGGAUUAUGCAGCUAUAAAACGAAUGGCACACAUGGAAGUCAGUGCAAAGACAGCAGAUUAGGUAUCGAAGGCUUUCUUAUCGCUGGCAAAAAAGUUGAUUGCAAAAAAGGACUCCCAAGGGUUAAAAGGUUAAGGGUAAUACUAUAAUUAAUAAAUUUAAAAGCCCAUAAAGGAGUCAGUAAACUUAAGGGUAGAAAAUUGGUUAACAAACAGAUGAUAACAAAAAGGAGAAGGAAAAGUGUUGUUGAAUAUAUAUUAAUAUUGAGUUUUUUACUAAU